AAACAACGUGCACUCUUCUGCAUUUUUCAAUCAGGAGGUUAUGAAUUCACUGAUUCUAACGACAAUGAAUUCAUUUCCUUGAAUACUUUUUAAUCGACCAACGCAGUUUUGGUUACUUAGUAACAUCAAGCUAGUUGUGUUGUGUUGUGUAUGCACUGACCUGACAGGUUCUCCGUUAUCGGAAACAACACAUUUCCCGUAAAUCUGUUUAAAUGCCACAGCCUGUUUAAUUAUAUUGGAUGCUAAAGAAAAUGCUGUAAAUUAACUUAAGUGAAAAUAUGGCAUCACUGGAAAACGCAGACCCAUCGCUGAGAAGAUAUAUUCUGAAGAAUUCCCUUCCUCGGAUUUUUCAGGCUCUCUUAGCUGGCCUGCUGGCCUCGUGUCCCGAGAACCCCUUGCAUUUUAUUGAGGAGAAGCUUUUAGCAAUCCAGAAGAGCAGGGACAUUUACGUUAACUGGGAUGCCUAUGCUGAUGAUGAUGUGGAGGUUGACGUUUACCCAUCUGAUGAAAAUGUGGUGCUUGAUAUAAUGAAUAUUUUCAUAGACCCAGAUGACAGUGACACGAUGUCACCUUUUUUUGAAGAGGCAUGUUACUGUUAUCACAAGAGUCUUUUCAAGAUGUGCUUCAUGGCCUGGAAAAGGUACAUCCUGAAGAGGAAAACAGAAAGGAUCAUCCUGCGUCAGAACAUGGAUGCUGCUCAGGGCCACUAUUCAAAGAAAGUCCUGCAUUAUACUUUCAGAAUAUGGAUAAAGUGGGUCCAGUGUAAGAAGAAGAGAAAGAAGGAUGCUGUUAAGAAAAUCCAAAAAGUGUAUGAAAUAUUGCACAUUAGGAACAUAUUUUUUGCAUGGCGAUAUGCGGUGCAGGACUCAAAGAGGUCGAAGGAGUACUUUGAGAAGUGGGAAAUAGGCUUCAGAAGUCAUGCCAUCAGACAUGAGAAGCCUAGCCAACAGAUCGACACCACUGAGAAAAAAGACAUUAUUUCAAUGUUGCCGAGCAAGUUGUCUAUGAAGAUCUUUCAGUAUUUAGAGUCAGGGGACCUGCUGAGAUGUGCUGAGGUGUGUGACACAUGGAUGGCUAUAACUCAAACCUGCAGUCUCUGGGAUAAGAUCAAUUUUUCAGGAGAAAACCACUGGAUUCAAAGCCAUGAUGUAGAGAAGAUUCUGCAGGCGUAUCGUCCUUUUGUGGUCCACUUGAAUCUGCGUGGUUGUGUGUCUCUGCAGUGGCCCACCUUUAGAUGUAUAAGUGAAUGCAGAAAUCUUCAGGAGCUCAAUCUGAGUGAAUGCACCAACAUCAAUGAUGAGACUGUUCGAAUAAUAGCCGAGAGUUGUCAGUCCCUACUCUAUCUGAAUUUGUCAUACACCUACGUGACAAAUCGAACUCUGAAAAUCCUUGCAAGAUGCUGUAUGAAUCUGCAGUACUUGAGUCUGGCCCACUGUAGAAAGUUUACAGAUAAAGGUCUGCAGUUUUUGGCUACAGAGAGAGGCUGCCAUGGGCUUGUUCACAUAGAUCUCUCUGGCUGCACUCAGAUAACAGUAGAUGGGUUCGGACACAUUGCUGCUGGAUGCAGUCUGUUACAGCACAUUGUAUUCGACAACAUGCCCACAUUUACAGACAAGUGCUUACAGGUGCUGACCGCUAAAUGUCACUCUCUGGUUACAAUUUCUGUCCUGGAGUCCCCCCAUCUCACUGACACUGCAUUCAAAACCAUCGCUGAAGUGGCGUCUCUCAAAAAAUUAAGAAUACAAGGCAACAACCAUAUUACAGAUAUCGGCUGGAAGGCUGUUUGCAAGAGUUCUCCCAAACUAAGUCAUUUGCAUGCUGCUGACUGUUCAAAGAUGACUGAUGCCUGUCUGAAAUGCAUAGCACUUCUGAAGAAUCUUACUCACCUUGACAUCUCAGACAGUGUAAGGGUCAGUGAUGUUGGCCUGCGUUACUUAACUGAUGGUCCAUCUGCUUGCAAGAUCCGAGAGUUCGAUCUUAGCAACUGCCAUGUCAAUGACGGUGUGGUCCUGAAAAUUGUACAGAGAUGCAGCGUGCUCCGUACCCUGAAUCUGGCAUAUUGUGAGUCCCUAACAGACACGGCCAUUGAGUACUUCAGUAACGCCAACUGUCUUCUCUGUUUGGACAUAACUGGCUGUCAGAUCCAGGAUAAAGGACUAACAGCAGCCGGAGGAAUUCAAUAUUUAAAGAAGCUCAAUAUAUCUGAAUGUCUUUGCAUAACAGAUAUGGGCAUUGAGAUGUUCUGUAGGCGGGCCAAACGUCUAGAGGACUUUGAUAUAUCUCACUGUGUGGCGCUCUCAGACCUGUCUAUCAAAUCGGUAUCCUUCUACUGCAAGACUGUGUCCCGACUCAUCAUGGCAGGCUGUCCAAAAAUGACGGACUCAGCCAUGAAGUACCUGACAGGCUCUGGACCCUGCCUUAAAGAGCUGGAUGUCAGCGGUUGUGUUCUCCUCACUGACCGUGCCUCUCGCAUCCUGCUCAAGGGCCGCCAACACUUCCACUCCCUCACCAUGCUGUACUGUAGGGGAAUCUCCAAGCAGGCAGCAUUGCGCCUUCAGCCUGGCCUAAAACACUGGGAACACAGCAGAGAUGACGCUCCCUACUGGUAUGGCUAUGAUAACCUGCAGCUAAAGAAGAGGCCAGAGAAGCAGGGCACUCCAUUGGAAUAUGAUGACAGUGGUCGUAACAGCAGCAGUCUGCCUACAUGACUGCCAACACAGACGUGCUAUGUGAGAAGUGUAUUUAGCCAAUAACUGUAGUGCACACUGUGGACAAACUUUCGUGGGAAUCAUCAUUAUGUGCCAGAAUGGUCCAGGAACUGACAUUGUUGCAUGUAAUGGGUCCUGUAAGCCUCAUGAUUCAGAGUCGUUAUGAAACCCUUUAAAAAGGUUAGCAAAAUAUCAAUAGUAGCAAUAGCAUUUCUUUAUUGUGUCGGACUUCUGCUCUUAGGAGUGCUACCCCUUCAUGUUCUUACACAUUUGUGAUAUACAUAGUACUUACAGCAGCAACAUAAAUACAGUGGAAUAUGUAUAUUUUUACAUUAAAUGAAGCAUACGGUUUCUGCA